UGACCGAGGAUCGGGGUGUAUGUAGAGGGAACACUUUGAUCCAGCUAGUGGCUCCAGGGCGUGCUGGAGACCGGGGUGAGAAGAGCCAUCAUGGAUGUGGAGAAACCCAGUGAUGUGACCAAAGGCUGAAUAAUCGCAGGAUACUCUCUGGCAUCCCAUUCCUACAUUAAGAUAAAAAAAGUACAAACCUCUAUUUCAUUAUGUCGGGAUCUGCCCAGCAAGCGGCACCAAGCAGGAUGGCUGCAGAAGCCCGUUACACUCCACAUCCUAUUCCUUACCCAAUACAGUUAUCCCGUUCCCAUACGGAUGCUAAUCUUAUGGAGUAUCAACACCAUUCAAGAGAAUACAGCCCUCAUCUAAGCUCUAGUUCUGUCCUUCUGCCACAGAGGAGACGGCCAUCACUACUAUCAAAAUUCCAAACAGCGAAUGAAAGGUCACAAGAACUGCAUGGGAGAGGAGAUCACCAUACAUACAUAUCCGACAUGAGCAAGGCGGGCGAUAUGGAAAUGACUGAGACAAAAAGGCCUAGACUGGAACUAAUGCAGGAACCGCUAAUCAGACACUCACAAUUUAUGGGCCAGAGCCAACAUUCAGCCAGUGAGGAACUGAACAAGGAUCGCUGCCUGACUGGGAAACUGGAACCUGUGUCUCCUUCAAGUCCUCCACAUGUGGAAGGAGAUUUAGAUUUGCUACCCAAUCGCCUUUCCAAGGAAGAACUGAUCCAGAACAUGGACAGGGUUGACCGUGAAAUCACCAUGGUAGAGCAACAGAUCACCAAGCUCAAGAAGAAACAGCAACAAUUAGAAGAGGAAGCAGCCAGACCCUUAGAGCCGGAGAAGCCCAUUUCACCUCCACCAACCGAAUCAAAGCAUCGUAGUCUGGUCCAAAUUAUAUACGAUGAGAACAGGAAAAAAGCAGAGGCCGCUCACCGGAUACUGGAAGGACUGGGACCUCAUGUAGAACUGCCAUUGUACAACCAGCCGUCAGACACCAAGCAGUAUCAUGAAAAUAUUAAAAUAAAUCAGACAAUGCGCAAGAAGCUUAUACUAUAUUUUAAAAGGAGGAAUCAUGCACGCAAGCAGUGGGAACAGAAGCUUUGCCAACGCUAUGACCAGCUAAUGGAAGCUUGGGAGAAGAAGGUGGAGCGAAUUGAAAAUAAUCCACGAAGGCGAGCAAAAGAAAGUAAAAUAAGGGAGUACUAUGAGAAACAGUUUCCAGAGAUCCGCAAGCAGAGGGAGAUGCAAGAACGCAUGCAAAGGGUAGGACAGAGGGGAAGUGGCCUGUCCUUAUCUGCCGCACGCAGUGAGCAUGAAGUGUCAGAAAUUAUUGACGGACUGUCAGAGCAGGAGAACCUAGAGAGACAGAUGCGUCAACUAGCGGUCAUUCCACCCAUGCUGUUUGAUGCUGAGCAGCAGCGUAUUAAGUUCAUCAAUAUGAAUGGUCUGAUGGAUGACCCCAUGAAGGUGUACAAGGAACGGCAGGUCAUGAACAUGUGGAGUGAACAAGAGAAGGACACCUUCAGGGAGAAAUUCAUCCAGCAACCAAAGAACUUUGUGUUCAUUGCUUCAUUCUUGGAGAGAAAGACUGUGGCUGAUUGUGUUCUUUUCUACUACCUAACCAAAAAGAAUGACAACUACAAAAGUCUUGUACGAAGGAAUUACAGACGCCGAGGAAAGAAUCAGCAGAUGCCCCGUAAUACCCAGGAAGAGAAAGAUGAAAAAGAAAAGGAACCUGAUAAAGAAGAAUUUAAGCAGGAUGUGGAGAAUGACAAAGAGGAACUUACAAAGGAAAAAAAUGAAGACACUUCUGGGGAAGAGAAUGAUGACAAAGAAACGGUGACAUCGAAAGGGAGGAAAACAGCCAACAGCCAGGGCCGCCGCAAAGGACGUAUCACUCGAUCCAUGGCGAAUGAAGCCAAUGAAGAGGCUGCAACACCUCAAAAGAAUGAUGAUUUAGCUGCGAUGGAAAUGAAUGAAAGUUCUCGCUGGACAGAAGAGGAAAUGGAAACGGCAAAAAAAGGUUUGUUUGAAUAUGGACGCAAUUGGUCUGCCAUUGCCAGAAUGGUCGGCUCCAAAACAGUAUCUCAGUGCAAGAACUUCUACUUUAACUACAAGAAGAGGCAGAACCUAGAUGGCAUCCUACAGCAGCAUAAACUGAAGAUGGAGAAGGAGCGUAACAACAGGCGCAAGAAGAAAAAAGCUGCACAAACGGAAGAGGCGGUCCCGUAUGCCCCCGCUGUUGAAGAUGAAGAGAUGGAGGCAUCUGGGAUUAGUGGCAAUGAAGAGGAGAUGGCAGAAGAAGGAGACACAGCAGUUAACAACAGUUCGGACACAGAGAGUGUUCCUUCACCAAGACAAGAAGCCAAAGAGAGCAAAGACAAUGAGGCCAAGCCAAUAGUAGAGCCUGUGGUAGAAGGGGACUGUGAGGUUCCGGUAAAUUCCAGUAACUCCACUUCUCCACAAUCUCAGGAACUUUCUGAAAGGACUAGUAAUGGGGAGGAGACCAAAGAAGUACCAGAGCCUAGUACAAUAAAAAAAGAGGAGGAAUGUGAGGGAAAAAGCUACGAGGAACUAGGAAAUAUUGACAUCAAACUGGAGGACUGCACAGAGGGUGUGGCUGAGAAGCCAGAAGAGCCACCAAAGGAAGCAACAGAGGCACUACAAAAAAUAGAAAAGAAGCACAGCAAACAUGGUGGCAAGACAAAUGCAGACAGUGACUCUAGCGCCACGUGCAGUGCAGAUGAAGCUGAAGAACAGGAUUCUUCUGACAAGAACAGGCUGCUGUCUCCCCGGCUCAGUUUGCUAAACACAGGCAAUGACAUGCGUGUGAACUCCUCGCCUCCGAAACCACUGGACCUGAAACAACUAAAGCAGAGAGCGGCUGCCAUUCCAUCCAUAAUCUCAGAAAGCAUUUCAGAUGCAGUUCCUCUAAAUGCUUCUAUGAAACCUCAUCAUCCUUUGGCCCUUUACCAAGAGCAGAUUACCAAGGCUCAUGAGUCUGCCCUGGAUGGACAAACCCCAGCUAAACAACCUCCAUGUCAUCUGCUCCCUGACACAGAGCAAGAGACAAUUAGUAGCCCAAAAGGGAAAGCUGCCGAAAAAGAAGAUAAAGCAUACAUGACUUUACAGGUAGAGGGUCAAAGGUUAAGUGCAGAACAAAUGUCCUUGCCAACUUGGCCCCCUGCUGCACUAUACCAAGUGCCUGCCAGAGAGGUAUUGAAGCCCCUUCCACAGCCUGAAGCCACAUCUCCAUUUAACUCCCAGGGUCAGUCAGUGCCACUAAACUUGCAUGAAGGUUCACGGACAUUGGCACCACGUAUCAACAGCAUAUCAAACCCACCUCCCCUUAUAUCCUCCAGCAAACACCCAGCUGCUAUUGAAAGACCCAUGGGCUCUAUAUCUCAGGGUGUUCCCAUCCCACUUCAUACUCCAUACAGCUCUGAACAUGCAAAGGUCCCUGUGGGAUCCAUCACAAUGGGUUUACCAAUGAGUAUGGACCCUAAAAAACUGGGUGAGGAGCUGCCUUUCCUGGCCGUAAAACAGGAGCAACUCUCCCCCAGAAGCCAGCCAGAGAACCUGGUUAUGCAGACACCUCAAGAAAGCUCGAUAUUUAGGGGUACAGCUCAAGGAGCAAGUCUCUCUAAAGGUUUGCCAGGUAGUCGACCUCCACCAGAUCCUCAAAUAACAUACAGAGGGUCCAUUACACAUGGCACUCCAGCAGAAGUACUUUACAAAGGAACCAUUUCCAAGAUCAUGGGAGAAAAUAGCCCAUGCAGGGUCGACAGAAUGCGUGAGGAACCAGUGUCCAAGGGUAAAGUCAUUUAUGAAGGCAUGAAAGGCCACAUCCUCUCACUCGAUGGUGGAUCAACUUCUCAAAACUCCAAAGAGGACAAUCGAAUUGUUGGGUGCAUGCAGGAGUCAAGUGGUCCAAAACGCACUUAUGAUAUGAUGGAAGGACAGAUUCCAAGAGGUUUACAUGUCCGGGAGUUGCCAGCCGGCCCUACAGAAGGUUUAAUGGGAAGAGCCAUUCCUGGAGACAGACACAGCCCGCACACCAUGAAGGAACCACCACAACAUAUAAGAGGCUCCAUAACACAGGGAAUUCCCCGCUCCUUUGCCGAUGCUCCAGAUGACUACCUCAGAAGAGAAGCCAAGCAGCUCAAAAGAGAAAGCACUCCACCACGAAGCCUGUCUGAUGCCUACAAAGUUAGAGCACAUGAAGGUCUUUCAGGUCCGCUCAAGUUGAAAACCCAUGAGGACAUGGUGGCCACAGUGAAGGAAGCUGGGAGGUCUGUCCAUGAGAUCCCAAGGGAGGAAAUGAGACACAGUGCUGAGAUUCCAGUGAAUUCCCGGCCUCAUAAAGAUGGCUCUAUUACACAGGGUACACCUUUGAAGUAUGACAGCGGUACUUCAGUGAGUGCUAAAAAGCAUGAUGUACGAUCCAUUAUUGGUAGUACUGGCCGGCCUUUUCAUCCUUUACACCCAAUGGAAGUAAUGCAGGACCACAGAACCAUAGAUCGGCUAUACGAUGAGAUGAUGCUGAAAGGUCGACCUAGUUCUGGAUCAAUAUCUAGGGGAGCCCCUGUAAUUGUGCCAGAUCCUGGCAAACUCAGGCACAGCCCACUGGCUUAUGAAGAACAUCAGUUAACCCAUGGGGCAUCAUACAGCAACCAUCCCCUGAACAGAGGGUCUCCUGUUACCACAAGAGAAGCUGCACAAAGACAGCAUGAAGGCGGUAUAAGUUCUGGAAAACCUGUGACUCAGGAAAGGAAUCGCACCCCGAAUCCCAGAGAAAUGGCAAGCUCCAAAUCUCCCCACACCACGGUCCCUGAACAUCUCCAUGCCAUGUCCACCUAUGAGCACUUACUGCGAGGAGUCAGCACAGCUGAGCUGUAUCGUGGUCAUAUUCCCCUAGCCUUUGACCCAGCAGCCAUUUCCAGAGGGAUUCCAUUGGAAGCAGCUUCCUAUUACCUACCCAGCCACCUGGCUCCCAAUCCAGCUUAUCCCCACCUAUAUACACCAUAUCUCAUCCGAGGAUACCCAGAUACUGCUGCCAUGGAGAAUCGCCAGACCAUCAUCAAUGACUAUAUUACCUCCCAGCACAUGCACCACAAUCCUACAACUGCUAUGGCACAGAGGGCAGAAAUGCUGCGUGGGCUGCCAACAAGGGACUCUGCCAUGGCUCUCAACUACACAGCAGGUCCUCGAAGAAUUAUAGAUUUGUCUCAAGUGCCACUGCCUGUCCUAAUACCUCAGUCUGCAGGCUCCCCUUCUGCCACCAUAGACCGUGCCACAUACAUGUCUGGAAGCCCACAAACAUUUAGCAGCCGGCUCAGUAGUUCUCCGCUUUCUCCAGCAACAACCACACAUAUGACCAAGCUGACCUCAACACACUCUGAUCGAGAAAGAGAAAAAUCAGUCCUUACAACAACAAUAGAACAUGCACCAAUAUGGAGGCCAGGAACGGAACAAAGCAGUGGACGGUUGUCAACGCAAAGUCACAGCCACCAGCACUCCCCAGCGUCCCCACGGACGCAUGAAAAUGUCCAGCAACGUCCCAGCGUUCUUCAUAACACGGGUAUGAAAAAUCUCAUGACCAGUGGAGAAAGCAUCACUCCAUCUGUAUUACGAACAUCCUCCAGCUCUUCCCCCAUUCGGUCCUCUGCACAGUUAUCCUCUUCAUCUAUGCGCUCCGCUAAUGAAAGAGAAAGUUACCAGUCUGCAGAAAAUGCUAUGCUUCAGAAAGAUAUUGCAAGGGCACGAGAAUGCAAAAUUGAUCGGUCAAGAACUGAACAUUUUUACAAUUCAAAGCUGCCAUCAGCAGCCAUGGAACAGACGUCACCAAUUAAGAACAUGGAGUCCAGGCCUCACCCAUCAGCUGUGGCCAAUUCAGCUCACCAGUAUAACAACGGACAGGGGAAAAGCCAACUUCAUCAGCCCCUGGACCAGACAGCAGUGCCAGCCAGUGAGCAGCACAAUAGGGACAAGACCCCAAAUAAACCCUUUUCCAUGCAGGAACAGGAGCUCCGAUCACUCGGUAAGACCACCAUGACCGCGGCCAACUUCAUAGACGCCAUUAUCAUGCGUCAAAUUUCUUGUGAUAACGGGAAGCGAGAAAGACCCUCGCUAAAUAUCAACGCCAGUAGUGAUGGAUUAGGAUAUCCAAGUGGGUACAGCCCUGACAGACAUGAUGCAGUUAGUCCUCUUAUGAGUUCUCCUCGCAUGUCUCACGAGAAGCAAGGCCGGGUAUCUGUGCAAGACUCUGACAACGCACGCAUGGAGCAUGAAUCGCGACACAAACAAGUGUCUGCGAAGCAUGUAUCAGAAGGACAUCUGCGGCAGAAAAGUGAUGGCCAGCAGUCCCCGUGUCACACACCACAGUCUGGGUCUCAUAUGAAAAGUCAACGUGUAGUCACCCUAGCUCAGCAUAUUAGUGAGGUUAUUACACAGGAUUAUACACGGCACCAUCCACAGCAGCUACACCAACAAGUCUCAGCACCAUUGUAUUAUGCCGGCUGCCCUGUGCUGGAUCUAAGGCAGAACCCCACUGACACUGUCCUUCAACAACAAGAAGCAGGUCAGACUUCAAGAGCAUCUCCAGGAUGCAGUGGAGAAAAAAGAUCACCAGAUCAAAACAAAGUUUCUGCGCUGAGUGGAUCAGAAGAUGGUAUCGACCCUAUUUCUCCACCAGAUGGCAUGGGACAGCCAGAGUAUACUAGAAGUUCCACAUAUCCCACUUUAUAUAGAGAGGGAGAGCAAACAGAACCAAGAAUGGGUUCGAAAUCCCCAGGGAACAGCGCUCAACCCCCGGCGUUCUUCAGUAAGCUGACUGAGAGCACCUCUGCUAUGGUUAAAUCCAAGAAACAAGAAAUCAUUAAAAAGCUUAGUACAGCCAACAGGAAUGAGCCAGAGUAUAACAUUGGACAACCGGGAACAGAAAUAUUUAACAUGCCAGCAAUUACAGGAUCAGGCCCAAUCAGUUGCAGGACGCAGUCUGUGCAGGAGAGCUCCGGUAGCAACAUAGGGUUGGAGGCCAUAAUUAGGAAGGCCCUAAUGGGUAAAUAUGAUGAGCAGUGGGAAGACCGCUCAGCACUCAAUACCAAUGCUUUUAACCCUUUGAAUGCCAACGCAAGCCUGCCUUCUGCUAUAUCCAUAACAGCUGCUGAUGGACGGAAUGACGACAUGCGGUCUUUGUCAGGUAGUGGAGGAAAACCCAAAAUAUCGAGGCCAAACAGCCGAAAAACAAAGUCACCUGCUCCAGGACAGUCCUCUGGAGAACGCCCUCCUUCUGCAUCUUCAGUACACUCAGAAGGUGACUGUAACAGGAAAACCCCUUUAAGCAACAGAGUGUGGGAGGAGAGGCCAUCUUCAACAGGGUCAACACCAUUUCCAUUCAAUCCAUUAACAAUCAGGCUCCCCAACAGCCUUGUGGCUCCACAGUCUUCAACCACCAUUCCACAGAGCAACUCGUUAACCCCGCAGAGAGCUCGGGAUGAAGAGCCAAAACCACUGCUUUGCUCCCAAUAUGAAACUCUCUCUGACAGCGAGUGAAAGUGUCUUUGUGGUAAGCAUAUCAAUAUGGCAAGUCUGAAAAUGAAAGAAUCCCCACAACCACUCUGAAUGCUCAGAAGCAGCCGGUGAGAUCCUGCGACUGGAAAGAAAGGAAACGUCAAUCGUAUGAAAAGCCUUAAAAAGACUCCAUAAUCUUCAGUUGAGGGUCCGUGGGGUUUUUUCAAUUUGUGGUGUGCCACUGCUCGUGAAGGAGUAGACAGUCCCAGACCUUGCAGAAGAUUGGAUUAUUCAGCUCAAAACUCAGGGGAUAUUUCCACCUGGUGCUUUGCUACAUUGCAUUGGUUUGUUAUCAAAGCUAACUUGUAAGCGUGAUGACGUAUGUCUGUGUACAUUGUAUAUGUAUGUACGUGUGUUCAUAUGCACUUAAGAUAUAUACACAUUCCAGUUUAUUGCACACCGACCUAGCAGUGCAGAGCAGCUGCAUGCAUGGCCACAGCAGAACUGUUACCAGAUUGGUUAGAAUCCUACCAAAGGCUCCCUUGCCAUGUCUUUCUCCUUGGCGCAUCAACUUAUGUGCUUAUAGCACUUGACAUGCCACCCCCUACUUUUUCCCAACCUAUGGAAUGUUCUGCUGAAGGAUUAUUAGUGAAAUA